CUCUGACUCUGAAGUGGCUCCUAGAUUUCUCCGAGCUCCGCCACAAGCCGACAGUUAUCCAGGAGGCUUCCCCAAGAGCUGGCAGCCAGAGGAGUCCUUCCGGGCGGAGGAUGGGCGCGCGGCGUCCGCGGCUGGGGGUCCGGGUCCCCGAGCGCCUCCUGUUCCCCGGGAGGACAGGAUCCCCCCGCGGGUGGCGGGGCUGUGGCGCCAGGGCGCGGCGCUGCAUGCUCGGGCUGCUGGUGCACGCGUGGCUGUGGGCUGUCUCGGGCUCAUCCGCUCAAGUAUUGAACCUCAGCCUCUCCGUGGACGAGGGGCUUCCCCCAGACACGCUGGUCGGGGACCUUCGCGCCGGGCUGCCCGCGCAGCAGCAGCAGGAGGCGGGUGGCUUCUUCCUGUCCGAGGACUCAGAUGACUCCCCUCUGCUGGACGACUUCCACGUGCACCCGGACACUGGCGUCAUCCGCACAGCGCGGCGCCUGGACCGCGAGCGGAGGGACCGCUACAGCUUCGUGGCUGCCACGCUGCGGGGCGCCGUGGUGCAGGUGGAGAUCCGCGUCAACGACGUGAACGACCACGCGCCCCGCUUUCCGCGAGACACGUUGCAGCUCGACGUCUCGGAGCUCAGCCCUCCGGGCACCGCCUUCCGCCUGCCGGGGGCGCAGGACCUGGACGCCGGGCGGUUCAGCACCCAGGGCUACACCUUGCUGCCCCCUCCUGAGCCGCCCGAGGACCCCGCGGGGCCCUUGUUCCGGCUGCGCUACGGGACACCGGGACCUCCGCCGUCGCCCCUGGAGCCCCUGGACUUGGUGCUGCUGCGGCGCCUGGACCGGGAGGCGGCGGCAACGCACGAGCUGCAGAUUGAGGCGUGGGACGGCGGCAGCCCGCGGCGUACCGGCCACCUGCGGGUGCAGCUGCGCGUGCUGGACGAGAACGACAACCCGCCCGUGUUCGAGCAGGCCGAGUACCGCGCCUCCGUGCGCGAGGACGCGCCGCCGGGCGCCGAGGUGUGUCGCGUGCGCGCCACCGACCGCGACCUGGGGCCCAACGGCCGCGUGCGCUACGGGCUUCGCGUGCGGCCCGGGACGGGGGUGGGCGGCGAGGCCGCAGGCAGCGAGGCCUACUUCGAGGUGGAGGAGCUGAGUGGCCUGGUGCGGGUGCGGAGGUCCCUGGACCGCGAGGCGCAAGCCUGGCACCAGCUGGUGGUCGAGGCCCGCGAUGGGGGCGCAGAGCCCGAGGUGGCCACGGUGCGCGUGUCAGUCGCCGUGCUGGACGUGAAUGACAACCGGCCCAACAUUCACCUACUGUUCCUCACCGAGGGGGGCGCGGCCCGAGUGUCGGAGGGCGCCCGGCCUGGUGACUAUGUGGCCCGUGUCUCAGUGUCAGACGCGGAUGGUGACUCCGGGGAGGAGGAAGUGGAGGCCGCAGGGACACUUGGAGUGGGCCUCGGUGGAGGCAGCAGCGUCUCGCUGGCCUUGGAGGGCGGGGCGGGAGCCUUUGCGUUGCGCCCUGGAGGGGCCCCAGGAGUGUUUUUCCUUUGUGUGGAGGGGCCCCUGGACAGAGAAAGCUGUGAUCUGUACGAACUGCGACUAGUGGCCGUGGAUGCGGGGUUCCCACCCCUGAGCACUCAGGAGACGCUGCUGCUUCAGAUCUCCGACCUCAAUGACCAGCCGCCGGUCUUCAGCCAGGAGCACUAUCGGGCCUCGGUGUCUGAGGCCGUGGCCCCUGGCACCACAGUGGUGUGGGUCAGCGCCUCAGACGCCGACGAGGCUGGCACGAAUCAUGCCCGGCUGCGCUACACGCUGGUCCAGCUCUCAGCUCUCUGCAACCCAGGGGCUUUGCAGUCUGGCACAGAGUGUGGGCCGUCUUUUGCUAUCCAUCCCAACAGUGGGGUAAUCAGCACCGUUCGAACUCUGGAUAGAGAGAUCCAGAAAGCCGUGGAGCUCAAAGUGGUGGCCCAGGACUUCGGGGAGCCCCCACUCUCUGCCACCUGCCUGGUGAGCAUCACGGUGGAUGACGUGAAUGACAAUGAGCCCAUCUUCCAGAGGCAGGUGUACAAUGUCACCCUGGCAGAGCACACCCCAGUGGGACACUGCUUCCUCCAGGUAAAAGCUUCUGAUGCAGACGCGGGGCUCUAUGGCUUGGUUGAGUACUCGCUUUACGAUGGAUUCCAGAGCGAGGAGGCACCUCCAGCGUUCCACAUCAAUCCCCACGACGGGCAGAUCUGUGUGUCUCAAGACCUGGACAGGGAAAGGGACCCAGCCACCUUUGAUCUCUUGGUGAAAGCUAAGGAUGGGGGCGGACUCAGUGCCCAAGCUUUUGUCCGAGUGGACCUGGAGGAUGUGAAUGAUAAUCACCCUGUGUUUAACCCGUCAACCUACAUGAGCAGCAUCAGUGGCCAGACCCAGCCGGGCACCGAGAUCACCCGUGUUCUGGCCACCGACAGAGACUCCGGGGUGCACGGGACAGUGGCAUAUGAGUUUGUCCCAGGACACCUGUCCUCCUUGUUUACCAUCGACUCCACCACAGGAAUUAUUUACUUAGCAUCAGCUCUCGGUCAUUUGGAACCUACUACAAUAUUUUUGACCGUCUGUGCCCAAGAUGGUGGCGGGCUCACAGCAGCCACAAAUGCUGAGGUCACCAUACAUGUCCUGCACACCACACUGGCUCCCGCAGAAUUUGAGAGACAGAAGUACUCCUUCUCGGUUCCUGAAGACGCGCUUGAAGGCAGUCCUGUUGGAACAGUGAGAGCCAGGGAGUCCUCAAAUUCCUCGGAACCGGUCUCUUACAGAAUCUCCUCCGGCGACCCGGACGGGAAGUUCUGCAUCCACCCGUGGCUGGGAACUAUCCGCACCUGCAAGCCACUGGAUCAUGAGGCGCAGCCCGUGGUGGUCCUCACUGUCCAGGCCCAGCUGGGCAGCUCCGCGGCCUGCAGCAGCACGGAAGUCAAUGUCACCGUCCUGGACGUCAACGACAACGCCCCCGAGUUUCUCGGGGCAGCCCAGGAGGAGAUCCGCGUGUCCGCGGCCACGCCUCCCGGCGCGGCUCUGUACCUGGCGCGCACCGUGGACAGGGACAGCGGGCGCAAUGGGCUGGUGCGCUUCUCCCUGGCCGAGCCGCACCCGCGUGCAUUCGCGGUGCACGCGGGGCUCGGCGUACUCUACCUCCGUGCACGCGUGGAGGACCAAGGGCUGCAGAGGCUCACGCUGACCUUGGUGGCUGAAGACCACGGCGAGCCACCCCGGGCGUCCCUGCUGGCAUUGACCCUCGUCAUCGAGCCGCAAGAAUCAGGGCCCGGCUUGGCUUUCGAAAAUUUGGUCUACCAGGUGGAGGUGAGCGAGUCUGUCCCGCCAAGGACCCAGAUCUUACAGAUACAGGCCCACACUCUCGGCCCUGGACGCACAGCCCAGCAGGUGAGGUACGCGCUGGAGCCCUCGGCGGACACGGCCCUGUUUGGGAUCCAGCCACACACAGGCUGGAUUUACCUGCGGCGACAGCUGGACUAUGAAACCAUGCAGACUCACAGGGUUAGAGCAUUGGCCUGGGCUCCGCAAGGUGGAGCAUCGCAAAAUGCGAGCACCUCCGUGACUGUCCACAUCCUGGAUGAGAACGACAACUCCCCCGCUUUCUCACACGGCCAGCUGUUUCUAAAGGUGGAGGAGAGCCCUGUGCCCCUGGGGGUGAUAGGCAGGAUCACAGCCACUGAUAUGGACUCCGGCAAGAACGGACAGCUGUCAUAUUUCCUCCUGUCUGAUGGCAAAUUCUUCAAAAUGAACCCUAACACAGGUGAGCUGAUUGGUUGGUUGGCACUGGAUCGCGAGCACCAGAUGCACCAUCAGAUGACCGUCCUGGUGACAGACCAUGGCUCGCCGCCGCGAAAUGCCACCAUGGCGGUUUAUGUCACAGUCACCGACAUCAACGACAACAGCCCAUUCUUCCCUCAGUGUCUCCCGGGGAAGGAAUUUCAUAUCAAGGUUCUAGAAGACCAACCAGUAAAUAUGUUGGUUACAACCGUGUUUGCAAAGGAUCUCGAUGAAGGAAACAAUGCUGAAGUUACCUACUCGGUGUCUUCAGAAGAUUAUUCUGAUCAUUUUAAGAUUGACGGCAAUAGUGGUGAAAUAAGAACAACCACGAUACUUUCCUACGACUACAGACCCUUCUACCGGCUGACGGUCCUUGCCAGCGACCAGGGCGAGCCCCCGCUGCAAGGCCGGGCGGUUAUUAAUAUUCAGGUGAUACCGCUGUCCAGGGAACGGGUUAUCGUUUCUCAGCAUAUCAGACAUUUAGUUUUACCAGAGAGCAUGAAGCCUGCAAAAAUCAUGAGCUUGGGGAAGUCACCCGAUCACCUCCCACAGUAUCACGGCGGGAAGCUGCACUUCAGCCUUGCUUCAGAUGACCACAGUGGUCACUUUGCCAUCGACAGCUCUAGCGGGGACUUGUUUCUUUCCCGGGAGCUUGAUUACGAGACCACCCCGCAUUAUCUUCUCAGGGUGCUCGCCGAGGACCAGAGCAGAAGUCCUCCCCUGCAGAGCACAGUCUUCCUCAGUAUUGAUGUGGAAGACCAGAAUGACCAUUCUCCAACCUUCCAAGACGAGUUCAUAGUGAUCAGUGUGGCGGAGAACGUUCCCAUAGGGACCCUGGUGUACACAUUCAACGCCAAGGAUGGUGACGGUAGCUUUCUGAACAGCAGGAUUCAGUACUUCCUCGAGUCCCCCCAGGCUGGGGUGAACCCAUUUCUCAUCCAUCCCUCAUUUGGCACCUUGGUCACUGCGUCCUCCUUGGACAGAGAGAGAGUCCCAGCAGUCAUCUUGACAGUCACUGCAUCUGACAGGGCUGUGAACGUGACAGACCGGCGCUCAAGGUCACUCAUAGCCAAAGUGGUGAUUCUGGAUAUGAACGACCACAGCCCCAUGUUCCUGUCCUUGCCGGUCGCCUAUGUCAGAGAGGAUGCCACCGUGGGCUCCUCAGUGCACCACGUAAGGGCUCAAGAUCCGGAUGAAGGAAGCAAUGGAAAGGUCACCUACAGCAUCCACGCCGGAAACGAAAACAAGACCUUUGUGCUUGACGAAUCCUCAGGGUUACUGACCACAGCUCGCCCUUUGGAUUAUGAGAUAACAACUCAACACAUUCUGACCCUCAUGGCCCUGGACGGUGGCAUCCCGGCACGUUCCUCUUCCCAGACGAUGACCAUCACCGUCCUUGAUGUUGGUGAUGAGGCACCAGUAUUUAAGCAGCACCUGUACGAAGCGUCAGUUAAAGAAAACCGAGGUCCAGGGGAGUUUGUCACAAGAGUUGAGGCUACAGACAGAGAUUCAGGAAUCAAUUCCAAGCUGCAGUUUGAGAUCCUAUCAGGGGCUUCCUUUGGGUUUUUCAAGAUCAAUGCUGACACUGGAGAGGUAGUGACAGCCACCACACUUGACAGAGAAGUUCAGGACAUCUUCACUCUUCGAGUCCUGGUACGAGACGGGGCAGUCCCUUCACUGUCCUGCACCACAACGAUCGUCUGCACUGUUGAAGAUGAAAACGAUCACAUGCCAGAGUUUCUUGUGUCCAGUCACAGCAUUGAGGUUCUGGAAAAUCAAGAACCCGAGGUUGUCUAUACUGUUUUGGCCUCUGAUAUGGAUGCUGGCAGUAAUGGAGAUGUCAAGUAUGACAUAAUCAAUGGAAACACAGGUGAGUCCUUUGUUAUUCAUGAAACAUCAGGAGAACUGGCAACCGCUCGUGCUUUGGACCGGGAGCAGGUCAGCAGUUUCACACUCACUGUCCAGUGCUCCGACCUGGGGGACCCCCCUCGGAGCUCUACCAUGCAGGUGCAGGUGAGGGUUUUGGAUGACAACGACCACCACCCCGCCUUUUCCACGCUUUGUUACCAGUCCUCAGUGAGGGAAGAUGCGGCAGUGGGGACCGUGGUUCUAGUGCUGUCUGCCGUGGAUGAGGACCAAGGCCCGAACGGCCAGAUUGAGUAUUUCCUGGAGGGCGAGGCUGCUGGUGUGUUCACUGUGGACCCCACGACAGGCGUACUGAGAACCAGCCGUGCCCUGGACCGGGAGGUCCAGCCCCAGUAUGCAUUUCGGGCUGUGGCCAGAGACUGUGGCAUCUCAGGCCCCAGGAGUUCCACUGUCAGUGUCCAUGUGUCUGUCAUUGACGUUAACGACAAUGAUCCGGUUUGGGAGCAGAAUCCGAUGGAUGUCCUUCUUCCAUCCCAGUUGUCUGCAAAUCAGACCAUCGCUACCCUAAGAGCCCGUGACCCAGAUGUGGGCCCCAACGGGACGGUCACCUUCAGCUUUGCAGACACCCAGUCCAUUUUUUCUCUGGACGAGUCCACGGGAGAAAUUAGGCUCCUGCGAAGUCCUGCUUUGGAGCAUUUUCCUGCAUGGUUGCAGUUGAAUGUUACAGACCGAGGAGCGCCAGCCAGGGCAAAUCCUGGUCUCCUGCUCCUUCACAGGGAAGGAGAAGACUUGAAGCUUUCCUUUAGCCGGCACCUGUACGAGGGCCUGGUAGCUGAAGACUGUGAGCCAGGUACCUCUGUUGUGACUGUAAAAGCCUUUGCUCCUGAUGCCCUUGGGGAUGUUAUUAAGUACUCGGUGUUUAGUGGAAACAAAGAUGGAGUGUUUUCUUUGGACUCCAACUCAGGACAACUGACUGUUAAUGAGCCCAAAUUUCUCGAUUUUGAAAUCAGAAAGGAAAUACUGCUCAUUGUUUUAGCUGAAUGUGGUGAACACAGAGCCUACAGCAGAGUAGCAGUCUCCAUCCGGGAUGUGAAUGAUAAUGCCCCAUGCUUUGAGCAAGGUGUCUACCAGGUGUCAGUGUCGGAAGGCCAGGGCCACAAUGCCCACGUCAUACAGGUAACUGCUAGGGACCUGGACAGCGGGGCCAGUGGCCUGGUCGAGUAUUCCAUCGUCUCUGGCAGCCACGGAGAGGCCUUCUGGGUGGAUGCGCUGAGUGGUGUGGUAACUGCCAUGGUACCCCUGGAUCGCGAGAGCAUGGAUUCCUACAGCCUGGCCGUGCAAGCUGCAGAUAAAGGGACUCCCAGGCUUUCUGCCACGGCCACCAUCCAGAUUCAGGUGAUCGAUAUAAAUGACAAUGCUCCAGUUUUUCUCCCCUUUGAAGCAGUAGAAAUUGAAGAAAAUGCUUUGCCUGGUGUGAUUGUGUCUCGGCUCUCAGUUCAUGAUGUGGAUUUGAAUCCGGCUUUUAUCUUCAGUUUUGCAAAGGAAGGCAAUCCUGGAGCCAAGUUUGCUCUUGACCAGAACACUGGAAUAGUGAUCUUGGCAAAAGCAUUAAAUUUUGAAGAAGCUACCAAACACGAGCUGCUCAUCCAGGUUUCUGAUUCAGUGCACCGGACAGAGAGCUCCCUCAUUGUCCAAGUGUUGGACGUCAAUGAUAAUCCGCCAGUAUUUUCCGAAGAUUUCUAUCAGGUCACAGUUCCUGAAUCAGUACCCCCAGGGUACUCGGUGUUAGCCGUAUCAGCCACAGAUUUAGAGGGCAAUGAGAACGUUUCGUACAGAAUCCUUUCCCCCUCUAAGGAAUUCUCCAUUGAUCCUGUGAAUGGCACCAUAUUUACUGCCAGUCCUAUGUCACUUCUGGAUAAAACACCAGUGGCUCGAUUGCUCGUGGAAGCCAGUGAUGGUGGGGUUCCUGAGCUGAAGGCUCUGACAUUAGUGGAGAUACAAAUCCAAGAUGUGAACGACUGUGCCCCCGAGUUUACAGUAGGGUUCUACAAUCUCACCUUGAGUGAGGACACUCCUGUGGGAAGCACACUGGUCACGUUGUCAACCUUUGACUGUGACUGGACCCCUGAAAACACAUACGUUGACUAUUCCAUCAUCACUGGUGAUUCAGAGAACCACUUCCACAUGGAAAGCAGUCCCAUCUGCUCAGGCUCUCGAGAGAGCCAGGUUGGUCAUCUUGUGUUACUUCGAGGUCUUGACAGAGAAGCAAGGACCAGCCAUGAGCUCAUCAUCCUGGCAUCGGACCAUGGCUGCCCCCCGUUGAGCUCCACAACCAUCAUUGUCCUGCACUUGCUCGAUGCUGAUGACAGCCCGCCCAGGUUCAGCAGCCUGGAGUACCAUGCCCGUGUCAAGGAAAGCAUCACUCCAGGAAGCCUCGUCACCAGAGUCUCAGCCAGUGACUGUGACGUGGGUUCGAAUGCGGAAAUCUUCUACCAAGUCGUCUCCGGAGAUGAGAGGAAACAUUUUCACUUAGAAGAGAAAACCGGAGAACUUUAUUUGAGUAAACCUCUGGAUUACGAGGAAAUGACGAGAUUCACUUUAAUCAUCCAAGCUUCGGACAAAGACGAGAAACAUUUUUCUUUUGCAGCUAUGUUCAUCAGCAUCUUAGAUGACAACGACCACAAGCCCCAGUUUAUGUCCCCCAGCGUGAACUGUGCGGUGCCUGAAAAUCUGCCUGCAUUCUCCAGCAUCUGCUCUGUAAACGCCGUGGAUUUCGAUGCAGGUCCUUAUGGAGCCCUGACUUAUUCCAUUGUGUCCCCCUGUUUUGUCCCCAAUGGGGUGCCUCCCAGUCAGGAUCUCUUCAAUAUUGACCCUUUGACAGGGGACAUUCAUGCUAAACAAAUCCUUGACUAUGAAAGUGUCCAGAAAUAUUGUCUCCUAGUGCAGGCCCAAGACAAGGGUGGCUCAAUAGCCUCUGUAAGGGUUUGGGUGGAUGUCAAAGGGAUAGAUGAAUUCCAGCCCAUUUUCACUCAGGAUCAGUAUUUUUUCAGCUUGCUAGAGAAGACUCCAGAAGGACAGCCCAUCGGCAGAGUGGAAGCGUCCGAUGCAGACGCUGGCACUGAUGGAGUCAUUCUUUACUCCCUGGAGACUGCUUCUCCUUUCUUUUCAGUAAACAGAACCAGUGGAAAUAUUUACUGGACCAGAGCCUCUCCCUUAAUGAAAGGUCAGAUUGGCGAAGGCAAUGUCUUUGAAAUGAAAAUCGUUGCCCGUAGCCCCAAACUGGGCUCCAGAUCCGCGUGGUGCACUGUGUUUGUGAACUCGUCUCUAUCCCCGGCAGGAAAGCAUGCAGGCCAGUCCACCCCCAGCUUCUCCAUCAGCAUCACUGCCUCCUCCGUGGUGUUCCUCUUAUUCAUCUGCAUCUUAACGGUACUGAUUUUAAAGCAUAAACCAAAAGCCACACCACACAAUUAUGAAAAGAAGAAAACGUCCUCCUCCUUAGACAUCAGUUUGAAACUGACAGGGGACAACAGCGGUGUGCAUGAGGCCCUGCAGGAGAAGGCGGAGUGCAGGGAUGAGGCAUUGCGGGCCAGAGCCGUUCCUGGGUGGUGGAGCCUCAUAAGCACCAUGGAGAAGGACCACGGCAACCAGUACAGGCUCUCCAACUCCAGCGGCCACUGUUCGGUGGAAGGGGAGACUGCGGAGGACAGGGAGAUUCAGAGGAUAAAUGAGCAGCCCUACAGAAAGGACUCAGACUCAGCCCUGAGUGAUCGGGGCUCCCGGGUGCCGGACUCUGGCAUCCCCAGGGACUCAGACCAGCUCUCCUGCCUAUCUGGGGAAACCGACCUGAUGGCCUGCACUGAAGUGACAGAAGGUGGCCACACGGUGGAGGGAGGAUAUGGGGACGAAGGCUGUAACAUAGUUUAUGUUCAGAAGAACAUGUUCUCCCAGGCCCUGCAGAGGAAAGAAGCAAAAGAGAGGGUCCUGGCUGACACCAAGAAAGAUUCUGUCUUUGCCUCAGGAGACCAGGACGCCAGCUGUGCAGCCCUUCCAAGUGAGUUAACCUCGGGUAGCGAUGUGAGAGGCAGCUCUGCCUGGGGCUCCCUCCUGAGCUGGGAGCCCAAGUUCCAGCCUCUUGCCUUGGUAUUUAAUGAUAUUGCACAACUAAAGGAUGAGUUUGAGAUUGCAAAACAUAAGCCUGGCAUUCCCAAAGAGAAGUCUUCAGUCUUUCCACCACCUUUGAUAACAGCAAUAGCCCAGCCUGGGAUUAAAGCAGUUCCACCAAGAAUGCCAGCCACAGCCUCAGGGACGCUGCUUCAGAAAUACCCCCGGCCCCCGCUUCUCCACCACCAUGGUUCCCUGGCAGAAGCUGGGAUGUGCAGCUUUUCCCCUGACCUCUCCCUGCGGACUCCAGCCAGGGCGGCACUGGUGUCCCAUGGCCAUCUAGGGACACGCCUAGGUGACACACACUGUGACCUGAAAGUGGAGGAUGAGGUUGAAAUAUAAAGUUGUCUAUGGUGCCAGCUUCCUCGUCACCAUCUGUCACCAAAGGCUGAAGCAAAACAACCUCAAACAAGUUCCUCCACCCAAGGUUCAUGCUUAUCUAAAAGCCAGGGGUUUUGCAAACCUCCCCAUCUGAGUGUCUCGAAUUUCUUCCAGCCUUAACGAGCAGUUAUUUCUUAUUUUUAAGGGUUUAAUUUUGUUCUCAGGACUCACAUAUGUAUAUAUCAAUCAAUGUAUAUUCUGUCACAUCUGGUUUUCUGUAUGAUUCGAUUUCCAAAGGACACCAUGAACUUCACUGAUGCCAAAAUAUUUAUAUGGAAAAAAUAGAAAUAAAGUCUAGUGUAGUAUGGUCAUAUUACUGCUGAUUACACCACUGCAUCUAAAACAACCAAACAAAAGUAAUGGCCAAAUGGGGAAUGUGUUUAGGACAGAAAGUAACAGGGAGGAAAUCUGGGCAGAUGAAUCUUUGUGUUAAGACAAAGCAACAGGCCGGGAGUGGUAGCACAUACCUGAAAUCCCAGCACUCGAGAGUCUGAAGGAGGAGUUUGAGGCCAGACUGAACUGCACAGUAAGACCCUGUCUCAACAAACAAACAAAAAACAGCAACAGAAAGAGCCAAAGUAACAGUCUGUAGUUAGGAUCUUUAGAGAUGCAUCUCUCCACUUUCUCUGUACACCACCUGUGGAAUUUAAGGAGAAUCUGAAGUUUAAAAUAGUGUCUUUGGGGAAGUUAAGGAGAAAGUAAGAGUAAAAUCUGUCAUUAUUCUGUGAAACAAAUAAGAUAACUGUUCAUCAUUAAAUGAACUAGAAAUGCAUGUUUGGAUAAAGGAGCGGGAUCAUGUGUAGAACUGAUUCUUAGGUGCUUCUCUGCCGCCUGGCCUGGGCACGUUGCCCUUUUUCUGCACAUAGAAUGAUGUGUGUCAGUGCUCUGUCUGAUAACAGGGAGCAGGUACAGAUAUGAAACUUGAAAGGUUAAAUUACAGAAUGUUCUUCCUUUUACUUUCUUUUAGAUAGAGUAAAUUUGUAGAUGGAAUAAUUUAUCCAUUCAUGUCCCUUUAAGGUUUGUAUAGAUAAAAUUAUGUUAUUUAGCUAAUUAUAAAUUUCCUAGAAUAAUUCACAAUAUAUUUUUAAAUCAAUUUUUUAUAUAUGUAUGAAUGUUUCUACUAUGAAUCUUAUUAAGAACAGCUGUCCAUUUUCCAUUCGCUCCCGCUUGGUGCAACUCUUACUGCCCCUAGGUGAGCAGUUUGGCAGCGUGGUGAGCAAGCUGCUGGGUGCAGUUCCUGGUUCAGAAACCCCUUCUGGGCACUGCCGCGUCCUCUGAGGCUCCUGAAAGAGCAUCGGGGCCCUGCAGAGGGGGAUGGUCCUGCAGUCCUCUACCCAGCAGUGCCCUGGCCAGGCUCUAGAGAAAUGGCUGAGAAAUCUGGGUGUGAAAUCCCGAGGUCAUCUGGAUGGCUGUCUUUCUAGCAAGGCUGAGUUUAUACUAUAGGACUCUUUCCUCAGUGCUGCCCCCGCUGCCCCUGUGUGUCUCAUCUGUGCAAUUCUGUGAGAUGAUUUUGCUUUCCUGCAAACCCCUGCAGAUGCAGUGUUCGAUAUCUUGUAUGUAGAUAAGUAAUUCUGUGGUGUCCUGUGGUGGUAUAAUCAGUGUUAUGUAGCCCCCUUGACUCAAACCGAGGGCCGUUCAUAAAAACCACAUUAAUAAAUGUAUGAAACAGGAAAGUUUGGGAUAAACCUUUAAUUGUAGGAAAAGUCAUUUAGAAGUAGAACAUUUAAAUAUUACAGGACUGAUUUGUGAUUCCUCUUCAUGACAUUUGGGGAAGAAUAUUUCAUGACUUUUAUUAAGCAACAAAAACAUCUAGUUCCUUCGUGGUCCCAAUAUUUAUUAUCUCUUGGACUGUUUUUAAAAGAUUACUUUUAGGAAGAAAUCUUACUAUUUUUUUCUAAUUUUGUGUGACAGUCUUAUUUUGCAAGAGCAACAUUUCCGGAAAUGGCUUAUAAUUUUGUUUCUAAUUAAACGGGUUCUUCAUUUACUUAUGCUUUAAAAAAAAUGCCCAUCUAUGAUGUUCCUAAAUCACCGGCCUGUGAUUGAUGACUGAAUGUGCUGAAUAUGAUUCUGUGAUUUUGUUUGCCACUUCAUAAAAAGAAAAGACGUGAAGUACUUAGAACUCCUUACCAGUAUUUAGUGGUCUUUUAAUUGAUGGCUUUAGUAAUACCAGAUCCACACCACCCUAUCACCGAACGACCGCAGUGGGGUUGGAACUCAAAAAUGUGAACACGCUGGUCAAGUGUUUGUAAUAAAUCAUAUGUCAGCCCUUUCA